CACCUCUCUUUUCUUUCAAAAUCUGCCGAAUGUGAUUCUGAAUCUCAGCAUUCUAAAUUCACUCUGGAGAUCCAUAUUUUCAUUUCCAUUUCCGUUCCUACAAUAUUCUACAUUACGAAUCACACACGCCAGAGAGGGCGGUGAAGCGAAGAAGAAGGGGAACAAAGAAGAAAUGUAUUCCAUAAAAGAUCGAGUUUCAGAGACCCUUUCGCGUCUCUUUUCUGAUUCUCCAAUUCAAUCUCUAGACAAUCAACCUGAGGCCGGACCAGAUACCAAAGACGGGAAGUCUUUAUCUUUCAUACUUUCCUUUGUGCUUCCGUCAUCGAGUUUUGAUAGGUCGAAUGACCAGCAUGAUAGAACGCCAGUCCAGUCCCCUUCUUUUACGUGGAGAAGUAGAAGUUUUAAAUUGGAAGACAGACCUUUGGAGAGAUUUGAUGAUUGUGACUUUGAGGACGAUUACGAAGACACCCCAUACUCUCAUAGUGGAAAUGGGGUGAGCGAAUUUAAUAGGAUCUGUUUAAUGAAUGGACGCACAGAAAACAUCGAGCCUAACUCUGCAAGGAGUGUUGCUAGUGGUUAUGAAGUUUUUGAGGAUGCUCAUGGAUUUGACUUUGAAGCCAUGCCUAAUCUCAGCCAAGAGUCUCUUUUUGUUACUCCAAACUUGUAUGAGUUUCUCCAAGCAUCCCUUCCUAAUAUAGUCAAAGGGUGUCAAUGGAUCUUGUUGUACAGCACGAAUAGAGAUGGUGUUUCACUUCGUACACUCAUUCACAAGAGCACUGAUGCUUCUGGUCCAUGUUUGCUAAUUACAGGUGAUAAGGAAGGUGCAGUGUUUGGUGGAUUGCUUGAUGCACCGCUGACACCCACUGCAAAGGCAAAAUAUCAGGGGACAAAUCAAACGUUUGUGUUUACGACUAUAUAUGGUGAGCCAAGGCUGUUUAGAGCAACUGGUGCCAAUCGGUACUUCUUUUUGUGUAUGAAUGAGCAACUUGCUUUUGGAGGGGGAGAACAUUUUGCUUUAAGCAUGGAUGGUGAUCUGUUGUCUGGCAGCAGUGGACCUUCUGAAACUUUUGGGAACUCAUGCUUAGCCCAUAAUCAAGAAUUUGAAUUAAAGAAUGUUGAGCUAUGGGGUUUUAAACAUGCAUCUCGCUACCUUGUUUGAUGCCAUUGCAUGCCUCCAGAACUGGUAUAGUGUGAACCUUGGGUGGCACACAUAUGGUGAGGCACCAUGAAACAUCAUUCCCAGGUGGCAUUUGCCUUCCACUUAAAAGGUUUGAUCAUACAUAUAGUUUGAUCACCAUCGACAUGGUAUUACGUGGCUGGGUAUUUCCAUGGCUUACCUGAUCCCUUGCAUAUAUUUGUUACAAUUAUACAGACACGAACAAUGUUGGAUAUUUAAUGUGUUUUACUUCUUUUUUCUGAAGUCGAAGAUGUUUUUCUAUUUUUGUAGUAUUUGUUAAUUAUAUUGAGUGAAAUGUGGAAACAAGAUCAUUCUCUGUAUUAGAUCAUUUGGAACAUCUUUGAUCUGUAACUGGUUGCUGGUCAU